CCCGACUAUAUCGAGAUAGGGUUCUAACGUACUCUCAGACAUCCAGAACCUGUCGCUUGCACUCGUCUCAGCCCUUCAGAUCCUUCCUGCUGCUUGUCUUCUGCGCUCGAAAACUGGAAGUAACCUCUUCAGUCACCUCUCGAAACUUAACUCUGUAAUCAGCUCCGACGAAUUCGAUAUAGAACGAAUACGGCCUCUGUGGAAUGCGAUUCUCAAUAAGGAACCCGACGACGUUAUUUGGAAUAAAGCCGAAGCCGCUGUUACCGAAUCCUCCCCGCCCCGCCUCAUCCAUCCAACAAACGCCACGGCUGCACAACACGGGCAGCUUCGCGAACUCUACCGAGCACUGCAAAUAUGUAAACGGCGUGCUGAAGGAGGAACUAGGACAGCUAUACGUUAGGGUCCCUAAUUUCUUUGAUGCCUACUUCAGAAGCGUUGCGGGUCUAAAGUCGAUAGCGCAGGCCGUGUUCGACAAGUGCAAAGAAGGAGAUAAUCCACUCUACCAAGAAGAGAGUGGCUGGCAGGGCUGGCCUAAAGGCGCGAGGGAACGCGACGUCUUAAGCUAGUUUGCGCCUCUUACUAGCUAGCUCUUAGACCUCGCAGCCGAGAAUUAGCCCGCCUCUAGGCCUUAACGGCGGCCGCUGGUACAACCCCACUAGCCCGUGCAAGGCUCCACCGC